AUGUUCUACAACGUUUCCAUGGAUGGCAGCGGAGACGAUGCCCUGGAACUCAUUUUCCCUACGUCCUUCUCUACUCGAGCUCCUGUUGAAAUCAGUGCCAGCACAAAGGUGCCAUCCUUCACUGAGAGCAUCACCAACACUCUCACCACCACCAUGGUUCGCCUCAAAGACUUCGUCUUCAGUCGAGUGGUCGACUUCUUGCAGGAGAACCUGCUCAUCAUCAUUGUGGUCACCUCCGUGCUCAUCGUUAUGGUUUUUAUCAUCUGCUGCGCCUCUGCCAUGAGUCACAAACGGAAGUUGGAGUCCUACAAGCCCCUUUCCAAUCCCCCUAAAAAGUACACCGCGGAUAAAAAGGGAGGGCAGAAGAACUCAAGUGAUCUGCAUGAGAGGCCUUUUGCUGUUGAUCACGUGAAGAGAGUUCACUCUCAGGCCAUGGCUUCUCCCAAAACCCUGCGUGUCCCCUCCAAGGCUCUGGUGGGGGAGAGGGGGAGAGAUGUCCCAUCUUCCCCCAGACAGGAGGUCAGGAAGGUCCGAGACACCGAGGAGGCGGAGAGACGCCAAGAGGAACCCCGGCCCAGAGAUCUGCCCCGAGAGCACCCCAGAGAUCUGCCCCGAGAGCACCCCAGAGAUCUGCCCCGAGAGCACCCCAGAGAUCUGCCCCGGGAAAACCCCAGAGAUCUGCCCCGGGAUUACCCCAGGGAUCUGCCCCGAGAUUACCCCAGGGAUCUGCCCCGAGAUUACCCCAGAGAUCUGCCCCGAGAUAACCCCAGAGAUGAGAGGAAGUACAGGCAGGACUUGGCCUAUGACAGAGCCAGUCCCAGCUCUGCUUCCAGUCAGCCCAUCUGCACCUGCCACCUCAGGAAGGCCUACCACUGA